UGGAAGGAGGGAAGGGGGCAGGGCCGGAGAAGGGGGGGGCAGGACUCGCUCACCUGUGCCGGCCCCUUGGGGGCGGGGGGAGGAAUCGGGAAAUAAACAGGAACUGAGCCCUGGGUACCUGCUGCUCCGAUCCAGAGGGGACGAGAACCCAGGAGUCCUGACCCCCACCAGACUGAGCCCCCCUGCACCCCUCCUUUCCUCCCCUUCCUAGGGGCCAGAAACCCGCCCCCUCCCCCUCCGGGCAGGUAGAAGCCAGGCGUCCUGCCCCCCAUUUCUCAUCUGGGUGUAGCGAACCCAGGCGUCCUGCCCCCCAUUCCCAUCCAGUGGGAGAGAACCCAGGCGUCCUGCACCCCCCAUCCAUGUCAGCCCCCUCGCUGUACCCCGAGGAGGAGGCGCGGGGCGCCCCCUUCCUGCCGACGCCCCCCGCGCUGGGCGAGGAGUUCUACCCCUUCGCCACGGAGCGGCGGGGGGGCCCCGGGCCGGGGGCCGGGGGGGACCCCGACACCGACGACCCCGGGGUGCUGCUGCAGCGCAAGGAGCAGGACCUGCUGCUGGCCGCCGAGCUGGGCAAGAUGCUGCUGGACCAGAACGAGGAGCUGCGGGGGCGCUGCCAGGCGCUGGCCCGGGACCACGCGGCCGCCCUGGAGAGGCUGGAGCAGGAGAAGUAUGAGCUCCGCCGGCGGCUGGCGUCGGGGGUGGCCGAGUGGCAGACGCGGGGGGCGGAGCUGGAGGGGGACCUGGCGGCCCUACGAGCCCAGCUGGGCCACCAGCGGCUGGAGCAGCAGGACACCAGCCGGGAGAGCUCCCACGUCGCGCAGGAGCUGUCGGAGCAGAACCAGCACCUAGCCGAGCAGCUGAGCCAGGCCUCACAGCUGGAGCAGCAGCUGCAGGACGAGCUGAUGGCCUUGCGGGUUGAGAAUCGCACCCUGGGGAUGAGCAGCGCCGAGCACGCGGCCCAGACCCAGAGCCUGCAGGCCGAGAACCUGAUGCUGCAGGAGCGGAAGCAGAAGCUGGAGUGUCAGGCCCGGCAGCGGCGGGAGGAGACCGAGGCCGUGCAGGGGCUGGUGGAGACGCUGCAUGAAAACCUCCUGCUCCUGCGCCGGGAGGUGCACGAGAAGGAGCUGCAGGCCCAGCAGCUCCGGGCCGAGGCAGAGGAGCUCCGAGUCUCCAACAGGUGGCUCCAGCGCCGGGUGAGGGAGAUGACGGAUGAGAUUCGUCUCCACGACUCGGAUGCCUCGGUCGCCUCCCUGCAGUCGGAGAUCGAGCAGAGCAGCGAGGGGAGCCCGGAGCAGAAUGGGGGGCCUGCUAAGCCCCUGGCCAGGACCGUAUCCGAGGCUGCCCCUGGGGGUCCGAAGACCCCAGCCCGGGGGUCGGAAGAGGAGGGUGAAUAUGCUAAAAGGGUCUUGGCUCUGACCCAACUGGAUCAAGACCUGCUGAGACAGAAGGAGGUAGAGAUACAAAAACUCCAUGACCAGCUGACCCUGCAGCACGUGGAGCUUUGCGGCCUGCAGGAGGAGCUGGCGAGCCAGAGACGCCUCUUCCAGGAGAGUGACCGGGACGAGACCCUCAAACUGGCCGUGGCUGAUCGGGAUGAAGCCAUAAUAAAGAAGGGCCAGAUGGAGCUGGAGCUGGCCCAGGUCUCUCUGGAGCGGGACUCCAUGAGCCAACAGCUGCUCGCCGCCAUCCGCCAGAAGAUGGCGCUGUCCCAGGAGCUGGAGGGCUGGCAGGACGACAUGGAGUUCAUUAUCAAGCAGCAGCUGAAGCUCCAGCGGCAGCAAGAAGGGAUCCCCGUGUCCCCCCCAGCUCCCUCCAGGACCCCAGAGCAGGCCAAGACCUCGCCUUUCUUUCGGCGCGGGAACAGCGCCCCCAAUGGCACCAGCUUCCUAUCGCUCUUCAAAAAAAGCUGAGACACUGGGGGCUGGUUCUGGAGU